UAAAAUCCGGCUCUACCAUGCUGUUUCAAAAUAUUGGUCCACCGGAUGUCACGUUUGGCACUGCUGGCUUGAUCAAAAGGUCACCAUGGACAGUCUAUGCAUCCUCGCUGUGAUUUUGUUCGGUAUCGUGUACAGCAAUGCGGUUCCGAUGGCUCCUCCGCAUCGCUUGGCAGUUCGGACGCUGAAUAACGGCAGCAGUCUGCCCCUUGUGAGACCGCAUCACCCGCACGGUGGAAAAAAGGAACCCAGACAUGGAGGAGCACUGAAAAUGACCGAGGAAGAGCGAAAGAAACAUCCUAAAUUCAAACGUCAUUCCAGAGGGAAGAGCCGCACUGUGGCUGUUAUCCCGGAUUGUUUUGACGCACGCCAGCAGUGGCCAAACUGCCAAAGCAUCCAGGAGAUCCGAGACCAAGGACAAUGCAACACCUGCUGGGCUGUAUCAUCCUCCAGUGUAAUAUCCGAUCGCUUAUGCAUUGCAUCCGGACAAGCUGACCAAACGUACGUUUCAGCGCUACAUCUGGCGGCAUGCUACAGGCCGGACGAAACUCCCCAGCAGAUUUGUGACAACCCAUACUACACCGAGAGAGCGUACGCCAAUGCAGCGAUGAAGGGCUACAUUUCGGGUGGUGACAGCCCGAGCGUGGGAUGUGCUCCCUAUCCAUCGUUGCCGGAUUCUGCGCCCCUGAACUGUCCAGCCGAUAGUUGCACGAACCCUGAUUAUACACCGACAAGCCCGGCUGACGACAUGCGUACAGAUGACUCGUACUGGGUACACAGUUUAAGCAAUCCUAAAGAUCAAGCGGAAAUAACUCAGAUUGUGAAAGAUAUGCAGACGGAAAUCAUGACCAACGGUCCAGUAACGGCCAGUGUAGAGGACUGGAGCGACUGGCAAGAUUGGAAAUCCACGCAAGGUGCCUAUCGUGGACCCGGUGACGGCGCUAAGCAAAACGGUCACCAUGCAAUCCGCAUCAUCGGCUGGUGCUCAGAUUCUAACGGUGUCCCCUAUUGGAUCAUCGCCAAUUCCUGGGGCACGGAAAACGGUGAACAGGGAAUCUACUGGGUGGAGCGGGGCAAGAACGUAAUUGGCAUUGAGAGUGAUUUCAGUGGAGCUAUCAUUAAAGUGCCGGGUAGCUGUCCGAGUUCCUUCUGCACGACCGGUAUCGAUCAGAUCGUGCGCCUGGACAGCUCUGAUAUGAACUCUGCGACGUACGCUUUUAACGGUGACUGUACUGUGCAAGUAACGAUCGAUGAUAACGGCCAGAUAACUCCGGUGGGCAAUCCGGUUCCAAUCGGUAAAGUUUUUCUCGAUGCGCCAUCUGGACCCAUUGUUGGAUGGGAUACGGGCGACAAAAACGAUGUGUGGUUGAAAAAUCCGACGGGAUCCGGCGAUUGCACGGUUGUCAGUGGGGCCAGUAAGUACAGCUGCCAGGCGUACAACUCUUUUGGUGGAACCAACGUCCAAACUGUUUUAAAUGGAGACACCUACCUUUACGAUAACACAAGCCCGACGUGGCUAUUCAAAAAUGGUAACGGAGUCAACAUCAAAACAUCUUUCACGUCCCAAUUCAGCAAGGUCAACACCAUACUGAGCCUGAGCAGCGGUAAUAUUUUGGUAUGUGGUACCAGGACUUCCAGCAGCCCAGUUUGCGGAACCUUUGACACUUCCGGAAAGACGGUAUCUGCACCGGCUUCCGUUAGCAGCGCAUUCACCCAGUGUUAACUGAUUCGUAAUCUCUACGGAUAACUGCGCAUGCAGGACUGAUACACUAUCAUAGUUCAUCUGGAGAUAUCUGUCAGGUUUAAGCUGUACAGUCGUUACCAUUAAAAUCAAUUCCUGUCUGCUGGAUCCUUGCUCAGGUUCGAACCUGGAAAAGCGCCCCAUGUGAAGUAAAUCAUGCUGUCUAUUGGUGAAAUGCUUUCUGGUGGCGCACAACCUGGUCAUGUUACUUGAGUCUUGAGUGUAUGCCGACUCAAUAAUCCAUGUUAAAUAUUGUAUUUAAAAACUUGAAAAAAAUUACAAAAAAUCGAAACAUCAAACGACAUCGAGAU